GGCGCAGUCGGAAACCAAAUCUCGCGAACGCAGCGCGCCUGCGUAUUCCAUAUUUCAAACUGUGCUCGAAAUUGUAAAUAUUAAAUCAGUGAAGUGUUGUGAUUGGAUAGGACAAAUUAUUUUCAACUACCUCUAGACAUACUCCAAUAGAAAAUGGCGAAUAUUGUUGUAAAUACAACACAGAGUGUUCUAAAAGAGACGUAUGACUAUUAUUUAUGGACACUAUCACUGUCGGAUAAUCGAACAAAAGGAUGGCCGCUAGUCGACUCUCCAGUCCCUACAGUUAUCUACACGCUACUGUACUUGUUUAUUGUAUGGAUCGGCCCUAAGAUUAUGAAAAAUCGUCAACCAUUCAAAUUAACGUGGCUCCUGGUACCAUACAACUUAGCUAUGGCGGCUUUAAAUGCGUACAUUGCCGUAAGACUGCUUACAGCGUCAUUUAGACUCAGAUAUAGCUAUAUUUGCGAACCCUGUAGGCAAAGGUACGACCCGGAUGAAAUGCAAAUUGCAAAUGCGGUAUGGUGGUACUACUUCUCGAAGCUCCUAGAAUUCUGCGACACAUUCUUUUUCAUUCUGAGGAAGAAAGAUGAACAAUUGACGUUCCUGCACGUUUAUCACCACUCGUCGAUGUUUACCUUCUGGUGGAUUGGCAUUAAAUGGGUACCUAGUGGAUCAACAUUCCUACCUGCCAUGGUGAACAGCGGUAUACACGUUCUCAUGUACACUUACUACGGUCUCUCGGUCUUCGGGCCCACCGUCAGCAAGUACCUCUGGUGGAAGAAGUAUUUGACAAUCUUACAAUUGAUUCAGUUCACUUGCGCUCUAAUCUUGGGCAUCAAUGGCAUCCGCACCGGCUGCGAGUUCCCUCUAUGGAUGCAUUACGUGCUCAUCCUGUAUAUGAUCUCCUUCAUCGUACUCUUCGGUAACUUCUACAUGAAAGCUUAUCUUGCAAAGGGAAGCAAAUGCAUGGAAGUGCGAUACGGCCAGUGCCUCGAUGACGAAGAGACUAUAGAGAAAAGAAAACUUAAGGUUAAUUAAUUUAUCAAGGGUUGGUUUUCGUUGGAAAUACCUUUUGGAACCCGAAAUGGUAGUUUCAGGUAGUGAAAAAGGAUUUCAACUCCUACUUGAAAAAAUUAAGUAUAACAACGAUAUGACACAUUUGUAACAACAAUGUUUUUGGUACUCAGUACAAUUAUUUUUAGUAAUUUAGCAACAUCACGUAGUCAAAGGUCUAAGUUGUCAGUGUAACAUCAUCAUCAUCUUCCACACUCUGUAAGUCUCGUUACGGGACACGUAUCUUCUUUAUGGAGGUCAUUGUUUACAUUUGAAGAUAUGUAAUUAAAGACCUAUCUC